AUGAGCGAUGUCUCUUCUCCUUCUUCAAGUCCAUCUCUUCUGUCUCUAGCACGCGAAAUACGCGAUCAGAUCUAUGAAUCCUUGCUCUCCGCGCCUUCUGGAACACAUUCACCGUCUAUUCCCGGGCAUCUCGUGCUAUCCACCCUGGAUAACUACUGGACACCUAGGACUUAUACUUAUAAUUGGCCAAUCCCUGAGUGGCACUGGCAGAUUCCAGUCGGUCGGGGCUCCUGUUUUGGUAUUCUGUACACCUGUCGCCAAAUACAUACCGAACUUUUGGAGUGUAUAAACAGACGUGGUGGCAUGUCCUUUGAGCUCGAGAUUGCUCUUAUUGGGCUACAUUAUGAAGACUCCGAGGUAUACUUGGGUGACGAGCGAAUAUGGCCGACUUGGAUUGUGCACCCACUGUGCACGGAUCCAAUGGCCCCGCAUGGAUGCCAAGAAUUCGCAAACUCUUCGUCAACAGGUGUUACAUCGAAGUGUAGGAAUCUAGACGUUUCGUUGAUACUACAAUCGGAGCUUCCUUACAAGUGGCUUGGUAGCGGAGGACUCACGACUGUCCCUCGGAACCUGUUCAUCAUGCUGGCCCGCUUCCUAGUAAAUGGACCGUUGGGUCUAUACAGAAUUAACACGAAUACCAGUCGUGUUUGGAGCAUAGAUAUUCUGAUGAUGAACGUCUUGAGCGCCGGGACAUUCACAGAUCAGCACAGUGACCAACUUCAUACGGUACCUGCUGAAGUUGUAGAGGACAGCGUCCAUCACCUAUCUGUUCGUCUUGAUCAACUGUGCACCAAAGGUGCUUUAUCUGAUCGAGUCAGGGUGGUUAGGCUCGCGGUAGACGGUGAUCUUAAGCGCGAAUGGUUAAUCAACCAAGGAGAAAGAUUGUCGCCUGAUGAGAAAAAGGAGUGGGCGCGUUACGGAUGGACCAUCGACGCUCAGAAGAGCUUGGAAGGAUCAGACGUGGUGGAUAUGGAAAUAGUAUCUAGAGAGCAACGUUCCACUUCAAGAUUUAAAGCAUGUUGUCGGGUCCAAUAA